AGGGGCGGCUCCUCGGCGCUCGCGGCUCUAGGGGCUCGGCUUUGCCGCGCUCGGUGCACUCCGGCGAGAGGAAGAGCGUGGAACGGAGCUCCGGUCCCUGAGCAGCCACCGCGAUGAGAGGCGCUCGCAGCGCCUGGGAUUUUCUCGGCGUUCUGCUCCUCAUGCUCGGCGUCCAGACAGGCUCUUCUCAACCAUCUGUGAGUCCAGGGGAACUGUCUUUACCAACCAUCCAUCCAGCAGAAUCAGAAUUAAUAAUCAGAGCUGGUGACAAAAUUAGGCUGUUCUGCACUGAUCCUGGACUUGUCAAGUGGACCUUUGAGUCUCUGGGUCGACCAAGUGAGAUUACAGGCAAUGAAUGGAUCACAGAGGAAGCACAGGCCAGUGAUACUGGCAAUUAUACGUGCACCAACGAAGUCGGCUUAAGCAGUUCCAUUUAUGUGUUUGUUAAAGAUCCUGCAAUGCCUUUCCUCUUCCACCUACCCCUGUACGGGAAAGAAGGCAGUGAUGCGCUAGUCCGCUGUCCUCUGACAGACCCAGAGGUGACUGGGUACUCCCUCACUGGAUGUGUGGGGAAACCCUUCCCCAAAAACUUGACAUAUGAUGCUGAUCCCAAGGCCGGCAUCACCAUCAGAAAUGUGAAACGAGAGUAUCAUAUGCUUUGCAUGCGCUGCUCUGCCAACCAGGAGGACAAGAAAGUGCUGUCGCCAAAAUUCACCCUGAAAGUGAGAGCAGCCAUCAGAGCUGUGCCAACUGUGUCUGUGACCAAACCAAGCUACCUUCUUAAGGAAGGAGAGGAAUUUGUGGUGACAUGCAUCAUAAGUGAUGUGUCUAGUUCUGUAGAUUCAAUGUGGAUAAAGGGAAACAGUCAGACUACAGCACAGGUAAAGAGUAAUAGCUGGCAUGUGGGUGACUUUGAUUUUGUACGGCAUGACAAGUUGACUAUCGGCUCAGCAAGAGUUAGUGAUUCUGGAGUAUUCAUGUGUUAUGCCAAUAAUACUUUUGGAUCAGCAAAUGUCACAACAACCUUGGAAGUAGUAGAUAAAGGGUUCAUUAACAUCAUCCCCAUAAUGAAUACUACAGUAUUUGUAAAUGAUGGAGACAAUGUCGAUCUGAGUGUUGAAUACGAGGCAUACCCUAAGCCUGAACACCAGCAGUGGAUAUAUAUGAACAGAACGUCUACUGAUAAAUGGGAAAAUAGUCCCAAGUUUGAGAAUGAUAGUAAUAUCAGAUAUGUAAGUGAACUUCAUCUAACCAGACUGAAAAGGAAUGAAGGAGGCACUUACACAUUUCUCGUGUCUAACUCCGACGUCAGUGCUUCGGUGACAUUUUAUGUCUAUGUGAACACCAUACCUCUUAUCAUGACUCACAACCAGCUCGGCAGUAGCAUGCUCCAGUGUGAAGCAGAAGGAUUUCCAGAACCCACAAUAGAUUGGUAUUUCUGUCCAGGAUCUGAGCAGAGAUGCACAGCUCCUGUUGGGCCCCUGGAUGUGCACGUCCAGAACUCCUCUGUGUCAUCAUUUGGAAAGCUAGUAGUUCAAAGUAUAAUUGACUACAGUGCCCUUAAGCACAAUGGCUCAGUCGAGUGUAGGGCUUCCAACGAAGUGGGCAAGAGUUCUGCCUUUUUUAACUUUGCAUAUAAAGGUAACAACAAAGAAAAAAUCCAUCCCCAUACCCUGUUCACGCCUUUGCUGAUUGGUUUUGUGAUUGCAGCUGGUAUAAUGUGCAUCAUUGUGAUGAUUCUUACCUACAAAUAUUUACAGAAACCCAUGUAUGAAGUACAGUGGAAGGUUGUUGAGGAGAUAAAUGGAAACAACUAUGUUUACAUAGACCCAAUGCAACUUCCUUAUGAUCACAAAUGGGAGUUUCCCAGAAACAGACUGAGUUUUGGGAAAACCUUGGGUGCUGGUGCCUUUGGGAAAGUUGUUGAAGCCACUGCCUAUGGCCUCAUUAAGUCAGAUGCUGCGAUGACUGUUGCUGUGAAGAUGCUCAAGCCAAGUGCCCAUUUAACGGAACGAGAAGCCUUAAUGUCUGAGCUCAAAGUCUUGAGUUACCUGGGGAAUCAUAUGAAUAUUGUGAACCUUCUUGGAGCAUGCACGGUUGGAGGACCCACCCUGGUCAUUACGGAAUAUUGUUGCUAUGGUGAUCUUUUGAAUUUUUUGAGAAGAAAACGUGAUUCAUUCAUUUGUUCAAAGCAGGAAGAUCACACGGAAGCAGCACUUUAUAAGAACCUUCUACAUUCAAAGGAGUUGUCUUGCAGUGACAGCACUAAUGAGUACAUGGACAUGAAACCUGGAGUGUCUUACGUUGUACCAACCAAAACAGAAAAAAGAAAAUCUAUGAGAAUAGGCUCAUACGUAGAAAGAGAUGUGACUCCUGCCAUCAUGGAUGAUGAUGAGUUGGCCCUAGACCUAGAAGACUUGCUGAGCUUUUCCUACCAGGUGGCAAAGGGCAUGGCAUUCCUUGCCUCAAAGAAUUGUAUUCAUCGAGACUUGGCAGCCCGAAAUAUCCUCCUUACUCAUGGUCGAAUCACAAAGAUUUGUGAUUUUGGUCUAGCCAGAGACAUUAAGAAUGAUUCUAAUUAUGUGGUCAAAGGAAACGCUAGGCUCCCUGUGAAGUGGAUGGCACCUGAAAGCAUCUUCAACUGCGUGUACACAUUUGAAAGUGAUGUCUGGUCCUAUGGGAUUUUCCUGUGGGAGCUGUUCUCUCUAGGAAGCAGCCCCUACCCAGGAAUGCCAGUGGAUUCUAAGUUCUACAAGAUGAUCAAGGAAGGCUUCCGAAUGCUGAGCCCAGAGCAUGCACCAGCUGAAAUGUAUGACAUAAUGAAGACUUGCUGGGAUGCUGAUCCCCUAAAGAGGCAAACAUUCAAGCAGAUCGUUCAGCUCAUUGAAAAGCAGAUCUCAGACAGCUCCAGCCAUAUUUAUUCCAACUUAUCGAACUGCAGCCCCAACCCAGAGCGCACCUUGGUGGACCACUCUGUACGCAUCAACUCCGUAGGCAGCAGCGCUUCUUCCAACCAGCCUCUCCUUGUCCAUGAAGAUGUCUGAGACCAAAUGAGUAUCUGCAGGUCUCCUCCCACAAGAAUGAACCCCGGGCUUCUUUGUUUAUUUCUGCAGUGGUUAUUUUGCUUUCCUUCAACUUGCAUCCUCCUCCAGGGAUGUGAACACUGCACUAUAACCUGUCUUUCUGAGCACACUGUAGUGGCCAAUGAUUUGGUUCUUAUGGCCACCUCAUUGAAAGGUUCAAGCUCCAUAUGUUCCUAAUAGCAAAGUAAUUCACUUUAUGAACAUGUUUGACUUAGAGGAAGGGGAAGGUGGGAUGGGCUGGUUACCCUGAAAUCUGUCCAAAUCUUCUCCAAUUUCUGUUGGAAAGAGUAUGGUUGACAGUUUAUUUGAAUACAUAGCAGUAUUCACUUUCAGCCCUUGUAACCAUCCAUAAUGAUAUAAUGAUCCAGAAAGAUCAGAAGCUAUAAUGUAAGCUCUUGAUGUAGAUUGAAAACAAUGUUCUUAGAACAACAGGCAGGAGCCUAUGAAUAGUUGGGCUUAAGAAAUCUGAUAGUUCAUGCUGGGAAUAAGAAUGUAGGCCAUGAAAAAUUAUCCCCGAGCAUGAAUGAAGACUUGCUGCUAUACAUGGGCCAUUGUACUACUAACCUGGUUUCUAAAUAUAAAUAGUUUGUUGUCAAGGAACUGAAUUGGAGAGCUCUCCCCUGCUAACAUUUGUAUAUAUUCAUUUAUAUAUUGUAUGUGUUCAUAUAUUGGGGGUGGGUGGGGGGCCCACAAGGUGUAGUUCUCUUAAUAUUAUCCUGGCUUAAGUCCGCUGUGUUUAAAAAUAGACUGAGAGCCAGAAAAGUUUGAAGGAAACGGUCAAUGCUUUUUUUUUAUUAUUUCUAAAGAAAAAAACGUAACUGCCAAGCACAAUCUCAACAACAACAAAAAUCUCCUUUUGUAGCCAGUGAACUUGCUCUGUAGAUUAUUCAGAACAAGCCUGCCAGCUUCAAAAUGGCACUGUUCUUGCUAGAUUUUAUGUCAUUUGAGAAGCUGCUGGCUUCCUGCAUGACUCUGGCAUGAACGAGAAAACAGCAAUGUCCUAGAUUCAUGUCCUGGACACAGGGCCAGUAUCUGUAUCAGUAUGUAUGUGUGAGCGUGUGUAUGCUUGUAGACAAAUAUUUGGGGCUGUAUUCUUGCCCUGAACCCAAGAGGGUCUUUUAGUACCCAAGACGUAGCUUGGCUUUCACUGUCAGUACUGCUCUUGUUUCUUUUCACCUGGGUGUUUAGAGAAGCAAACCAAAAGCUUACAUAGAGGCAGAUAGGGAGUGGAGUGCUUAAGUACCUAUUUAUUUGCAAUCCACCUGCACUUCAAGCACUCUGGUACUUAUACUCAACAUUACUGUACCCAUUCCUUAGAUUUUAUUAAUGCUAGUCUCCCAUGGAAAUGUUUAAAUUUUACCCUGUAGAUGAAAGCCUUACUAUGCUUCUUAGAGUGUACUUUUUUUUUUCAUCAUUCAUUAUCCAAUCCUAAGUGGUCCAUGUGUACAUGGCAAAGUUUGUGGGUCAUCUUGGAAGAUUCAGGUAUGUUGCUUUCAUGGGUUUCCCCUCUUAGGUCACUCAGACUAUUUUUAGAGAAUGGUGACCAUUCAUCUGGAAGUAACCAUUUGCACUGGAGUUCUUUGCUCUGCACCUUUCCAAAGGUAACAGGUUUGGUGGUUUUGUUGUCAUGUAAAAGAUUGUCACUGUUUGCCAUACUUUGUCUGAAAAAAGAUAUCUUUUGUGUUUCUAUUGACUUUGUUUAUACUGAAAAGUAAGAAAAGUGGUUGUUACUUAUAGAUGUCUUAGGUACUUCAGGGGCACUUCACUGAGAGUUUUGUCUUGGAUAUUCUUGAAAGUUUAUAUUUUUAUAAUUUUUUUUACAUCAGAUGUUCCUUUGCAGUGGCUUAAUGUUUGAAACUACUUUGUGGCUUUUUUUCUGUAAAUAUUGAAAUGUAGCAAUAAUGUCUUUUGAAUAUUCCCAAGCCCAUGAGUCCUUGAAAAUAUUUUUUAUAUAUAUACAGUAACUUUAUGUGUAAAUAUAUGUAAGUGGUGCAAGUUUAAAGGAUUUUGCUGUCCCAUGUGGUUUUUUUCCUGAUAUGUUGUUCAACUAUUGACAGUUAUGAAGAAUUCUAAUAAAAAUGUAAAUAAUAAAUCAA